CAGCAACGCGCUUGGAUACCAGAAAUCUUAUAAAACUGACAGGUUCACGCCGGAGUACCUUCAUUUGUCGUCCCUGAGUUCAAGUUCAACAUGACUGUCGGGUUGAGAUGUGUUUUACUGCUGCUGGUAGCAGUGAGUGUGGCUUCAUCCCACACGAUCAAAUCGCUGGUGGCGGAAUGCAAGCAAACAAUGCCGGUCAGUGAUGAGUUGGAAAAGUCCUUCCUGGAGUUUCAGUUUCCACCGGAGGAGCAAACCACACGCUGCAUGAUCAAAUGCAUUGGGGAAAAGAUGCAGCUUUUCGACACCGAGACGGGAUUCCAUUUGGACAACAUUAGGACGCUACUGUUGGGAGCGGACAGUUCCAAGGAGUUCAGCGAGGAACAGUUGAAGUGCCUGGAGAAGGUCGGCGAUGAUGAGCAGGAUGAGUGCGGGGCGGCAUUCCAGACCUAUCAGUGUUUCGAGCAGGAGUUUCUGGAGGUUAUGAAGAAGGACGAGGAGGAGCAGGAGUGAUUUGUUCUUAGUUUAGUGUGUAAAUUAUGAUGUAGAAAUAUAUGAAAAUGUCCAAAGAUGAUAGUCUGAGAAACUA